GAGAGUGUCUUCGAUCCCAUCUUCGUGUUCAGGCCACCUCUGUUCAUGUGCUCAGGGCGCCCAAGAACCAGCUGGCUCGCUUGGCCGGCGAGUACAGCAUGGAUGAGACGAUGCAGAAGUCAUACUGCGUGCUGUCGUUCCUGGAAGCACAUCGUCAAGCAAGGGAGGUGUCUUCCAGGGUAUCUGAAAAUGUUCUGGAAGGAUUGUUCACAAUCGGUCACAACUAUAAAGGAUUCUUCCACAAUGACAGCGUGGAGGCAUCUUAUCUGGCAAUGAUGUUGCGAGUACAAGCAAGAAUCACAGCAGCAGCAAUGACAAGAUCGCGGAGAUGA